AUGGCGAACCAGGAAACGUUAAGAGGAGUUAGCAAUACAUUUGCAGUAGGCAUUACAAUUGUUCACGAAAUCGUAAUCACGGUAUCAAAUGCGAUCAACGAAAACAUGGUUAACGUGAUUAACUGGCCCGAUCCUUAUACACGACAAGCUAUAUCAAGGGAAUUUCAACUCCAGUCUGGUUUGCGAGGCGUUAUUGGUUCCUUGGAUGGAAGGCAUAUUCGGUUAACAACAGCCCCUGGUGGUGACAGAGAUUAUUUCAACCCAAAAAACUUCCCUUCCAUCCAACUACAGGUUGUGGCAGACUGUGACAUUCUUAUACGUGAUGCGUACACGGACUGCCCUGGGUACACCCAUGAUGCACGUGUUCUCCGAAAUUCUUCUUUGUUCGACAACGUCGAAAAUGGACAAUGUGUAGUGCAUGGGAAAUUUAUUAUCUCGGACAGUGCCUACCCCUGAGGAAUUUGUUGGUACGCCUUUCCGAGACAAUGGAAGACUGAAUUUACAACAACGCCGAUUUAAUCAGAUGCUGU